GACUCUCUCGUCAACAGCAGUCGUGUCUAUAUUAACUCACAAAAUGCACAACCAUCGCAGUGAGAGAAAAUAAUAAUAAGAAGAAGAAACGGGCGGGAGGGUUCUUACUUUUCUUCUCCUUCACUCUCUCUCUCCUCCCUCCCUCCCUCUUCACCGCCAUGGAUGGCGAUGGUGACGGUGACGGAAUCUCAACCAUUGAAUCCCCCGUCAAUGAAGUCCCGGCGCUCCACUCACCUCCGCCGUCAGAUGACGACGCUCGCCUCUCCAUCGAAUCCGCCGUUUCCUCUGACGUGGACCUCCGAGCAAAGAUCAUCAAGCAGGUAGAAUAUUACUUCAGUGAUGAAAACUUGCCUGAUGACAAGUUUUUGAUGAAACAAGUGAAGAAGGACAAAGAAGGGUUUGUAUCUAUUUCAUUAAUUGCUUCUUUUAGGAAGAUGAAAAGGCUUACAAAAGACAGUUCAUUGAUCAUAGAUUCCCUCAAGGAGUCUUCGCAGCUUGUUAUAAGCUCGGAUGGGAAGAAAGUAAAACGACUGCAUCCUCUUCCUUCAAAGGAGGACAAAGGUCCCGAGCUUUGUACUGUCGUCGUAGCAAAUCUACCUGAAGACCACUCAGUGCAGAAUAUCCAGAAAAUUUUUGGUCUAGCUGGCAGUAUCAAGAAUAUAUCCAUACAUGAUCCAUAUGCUACUGAAGAUUUAAUGAAGAGAAACAACACUGUGAAACUGGUCUCCAGCAAGAUGUAUGCACUUGUGGAGUAUGAAUCAGUGGAGGCUGCUGAGAAAGCUGUGGCUAUGUUGAAUGAUAAAACAGACUGGCGAAAUGGCUUAUGGGUUCAACCUCUUCAGAAGCAAAGGGCAUAUGGUCUCGGAAGAAAGGCCGGGAGAGGAUCCGAUUUGAAGGCGAGCCAUGCUCGAGUGCCUGUUUCAGCAAAAGAGGAGGAAAAAAAUCCUCCAAGUCAGCAACAUGAUGAUGAGAGAACACACAUCCAAGGAAAGAAAUGGGCGAAAAGGUCGAAACCAAUCUAAGGGACGAAAAUAUCGUGGCAACAAUGGAAUGGGCCAUGGGAACCCGAGCAUGGCUGAGCCCUUUAAACCACCUCCUGGUCCCCGAAUGCCUGAUGGAACAAGAGGAUUUACUAUAGGACGUGGUCGGCCUCCAACGUCCUGCGACACUUGACGUAAUCCUCUUCAGGUGCUAAUUGCAGCAACCUAAAGCAUGUUGGACAUGUAUGUGUAUUCAUAUAUCAGCUAAAAAGCUGUAGAUAAAAUUGCCUCCCUUUUGGUGAUAUGAUAAGGAUGAAUGGAUGAGCUUGAGUUUCUCGUGAUGGUGAUGGUGAUGGUGUUGUAAAUUUUGGGGGAGGGGGGGGGGGUUUCUCAAUAGCAAGAAAUGAACCACAUGUGUAAGCUUUGUUUGUCUAUCGAAGAAGACUCCAGUUAUUUGGCUCGAAA